AUGACAGAUAAAAGAAUAGACAAAUAUAUUUUUAAUGUGAAAGAUAGAAUUGGUUAAGGAUCCUAUGCGGAAGUUUUUAAAGGAACAAACGAAAAAACUGGAGAAAAAGUAGCCAUUAAAACGUUAAGCAAAUCUGUAAUCAAUGCAGAUGAUUAUCUUAGGGAGGGAUUGAUUUAGGAAAUUAAAAUUAUGCAGAAAUUAAAAAGUCCCAAUAUCGUCUAAUUGCUAGAUGUCAUGGAAACAAACAAUAAUUAUUAUAUUGUUUAAGAAUACUGUGAUGGAGGGGAUUUUGACGAACUUUUAAAAAAAAGGAAGUUACUCCCAGAAAAGGAGGCAAUCAAAUUCCUGGUUGAUGUACUCAAUGGAUUUACACACCUCAUAAAAAAUGGUAUAAUUCAUAGAGAUCUCAAACCAGCAAAUAUUUUAAUUGACAAAUAAACUUAUAAACUAGCAGAUUUUGGAUUUGCAAAGUGUGUGGAUAAUUUUAAAAAAACAAUGAUGGCUUCAAUGGUUGGUACUCCACUAUACAUGAGUCCUCAGAUCUUGGAUCACAAGAGAUACAAUUCAAAAACAGAUGUAUGGAGCAUAGGCUUCAUUUUUUAUGAAGCAUUAUUUGGCAAAACUCCCUGGACAGCCAGAUCUCCGGCAGAAUUACUCAAAAAUAUCAGAACCUAACCUUUGAAAUUUCCGACUGACAAAAAUUAAGUCUCAUAAGAAACAUAAGACUUGAUUAUAGGGUGUCUCUAAGCAGAUGAGAAUAAAAGAAUGUCUUGGGAAGAGAUCUACAAACACCCAGCCAUCAGUCAAUAUUUUUCGGAUUUUAUCAAAGGAAAUAACAAAUUAGAAGAUAAGGCUCAAUAUUUAAUUAAUGAUAUUAGAUAGAUGAUAUGUAAAGAGAAAAUUGACAUUCAUAAAUUGUUUGCAGAUUUAGACAUGUCAAAGGAUAAGGCUUUAGAUGUCAAUGAAUUGGGGAAAUUUCUAUAAAAAGUAGACAAAGACAUCACAAGAGAGGAAAUAGAAUAUAUAUUUAAUAAAUUUGAUGAUGAUGGGAAUAAUUAGAUUGAGUUUGAGGAAUUUAAAAAGUGGCUGGAAGAUAAUUAGAUUGUUACAAAUGCCAAUCCAUAAUAAUAGUAAAGAGGAGGUGGAUCUCAUAAGAAAUUGUCUAUUCUACCACAUUAAUUAAAGUCUCAGAGUUCUAUUGAGGAGAGAGCUAAUUAUGUUAUAGAGAAAUUAAAAUUAUCAAUCUAAAAAUAUAAAAUCAAUUUGCUCGAUUUGUUUAAAAAAUUUGACAAAUCAGCAGAUCAGAGAUUAGAUAAAAAUGAAAUGGGCUUACUCUUAAAGAGAAUUGAGGCAAACAUUUCAUAAGAAGAAAUAAUUGCAUGCUUUGAAUUUUUUGAUGCUAAUGGCGAUGGGGAAAUCACAUUUUAAGAAUUCUAAACAAGUUUAAGUGAAGAAGUUGGGAAGAAGAGAUAAAGUAUAGAUCAUCAUGAAUGA